AAAGCGCGUCACAAGUUUAGCGCAUGCGUUUUUCAAAUCUUAAAGACCUCGUGAAUUCAAAGUAACUUUUUUGUAUUUAAAACAAGUUCACUUUUUAUUCUUGACAUCAAAAUGAAUAAAAAUAAUUUUUGUCAAGAUUUGGAAGAUGUAGCGAAUGCACAACACAUAUCAACAUCAGCUUCAAAUUCAAUUUUAGCUAUGGAUACAAAGCACAUUUUAGCAACAUUUGCAGAUGUUUGUGCUAAGAUAAAAGAGCAUGAGUUAUUGCACACUGUCCAUUAUAUUGUAGGUUUUAAAAGAAGCAUGGAAAAAAGCUUUGAAGAAGUAUUACUGAAAAAUCACAAAGUGUUUUUUGAGGAUAAGGACGUCUCUUACACAGGAGUACCAUUCAUUGUUUCAUCAAAUAGUACUCUCGACUGUCAACAUGGCAAGGACAAAAAUAUCAAAGCUAAAGCUCUGUAUAACGUUAAAAAAAACUCAGAAGCAAGCUUAGAUCAUUCCUGCAAAAAAAAAAGAAUGACUCUCCAGGUUACCAAGAAAUUUGAUUGUCCUGCCCAAGUUUAUAUUAAAGAAAUAAUUGAAUUUUCCGAAUAUAAGCUGGAUAGAGAUUCAACUUGGCUAAGGAAAGAAAUUUCAAAAAAAUUACGUGCAGUUUUAGCUUUGAAAAAUACAGUUUUAAUGUGCAGAAAAUAUAUAUUGGUAAUUCCUGCGAUUUCUGCUCAUCAAAACCACCUUAUUGGUGAUGAAGCAGGUCUUAAUCAACCUUUAUGUGAAGAACUCAUUAUUAAAAUUAGUGAGUUAGUCAAAAAGGGUGUCAAUUCUGUUUCUGAAAUGAGACGUCAUCUAGCUGCCUUUAUUCAGGUGGAAUUUAAUUCGAAUAACAAUCCUCAGAAGACAAACAAACGUUUUUUCCCAAGGGAUGAUACAAUUGCAAAUCAUAUAUUGAGAGCUAGACGAAAGCUUCAAAGAUCACUUAUAGAUCAAGAAUGUCUUUUGGACAAGAUUAAUGAAUGGAAAAUAUUCUUUCCAGAUGCAACAAUCAAAUUCAGACCCAAGGGAGGAUAUUGUUCAGAAGAGAAUGAUGUAGAUCUUAAAAAUUCAUUGUUGUUUAUAUAUCAAGAUAUAUGGCAAAAGAAACUACUGCUUCGAUAUGGUAACGAGCUUGCCUUCCUUGAUGCUACAUACCGAACAACAAGAUAUGCACUGCCUCUCUUUUUCCUUGUUGUUAAAACUAACAUUGAUUACCAAAUUGUGGCUAUUUUUGUGUGUGAGCAUGAGACCACUGAAGCCAUAACAGAAGCACUUAUGUGCAUCAAAGAAUGGAAUCCUUCAUUCCAGCCAAAGUUCUUUUGUACUGAUUAUUCAAAUGAAGAAAUAAAUUCACUUGAAUCUGUGUUUCCAGGCUGUAAAGUGUUUAUUUGUGAUUUUCAUCGCGAACAAGCAUGGGAACGAUGGCUGUCUAAAACAACUAAUGGGUGUAGCAUGAUAAAGGAUGACAUUAAAGUUAGGCUUCGUGACAUUGCACAUGCGAAAACAGUAGAGGGUUGCCAAAAAGCUGUUGAGAAUUUAGAGGAAUCACUAGAAUGGCAAAAUAACCCAAAACUUGUAGAAUAUUUGAAAAGUACUUGGUUAUGUAUUCAAAAGAGAUGGGUAUUUGCUUAUAGACUAGAUCGAAUUCUGCUGAAUGUCAACACCAAUAAUGGAACUGAAAGACAGAAUCAAUCUUUCAAAUACAGUUUUUUGGAAAAAAGAAAGAAUUCUUCACUAACAGCUAUGCUCAGUAUUUGUAUAGAAGAAUUUCUUCCGCACAAAUAUGACAAUUAUUGUGAUGAUAAUAGAAGAGCACAUGCCUCAUAUAAGAAAUACCAUGAUGAAAUUCCAGCUUAUUUGAUUAAUCGGCCACCAUCUUUAGUUAAGCAUUGUAUGAAAUUAAUAGAUAAAUUACAAGGUGUAGAUUUGCGGGGCAUUAGUGCUAUGACAGACAAAUUAUACAACGUUGCUUCUUUCAAUUCAAAUAGUCGAGAAAUAUACCAAUGUUACCUUGGCGAUUCAGAACACUUGCCAACUUGUUCAUGUCCUAAUUGGUUUCGCAGCUUAUAUCCUUGUAAGCAUUUCUUUGCCAUUUUUAUUAAAGAUAAUCUCACAUGGUCUGCAUUUGGAACAUCCUAUGCAAAUUCUCCUUAUUUCAUGCUGGAUUUAUUGUCAGAUGAAAUUAUUUUAGCACAAUCCAAUGACAUUUUGUUACAAGAUAUUCAUUUUGGGCAUACAACAACAUUUACUGACUUGCCUAUAUCUCCACUUUCUAAACAGAAUGUAAUGGAAACAAAAAGUAUUCAUUGCUCACAAGUAAAUAGUAGUUAUAAUCUUAUUGGUGAGAACCAUACAUCUGCAACUUGUCGUGAGCUUUUAGGUGAAAUUAGACAAAUGAGUUAUUUAUGUCAAUCGCAACAAGCGAUUGAUAAUUUGUUGGAAGGGCUAUGUCAACUUAAAAAAAGUUUAGCAGACAGUCUUCCAACAGAAAGAGGAAUUCUGCUGCGCCCUGAGAUUCAACCUGAUACUUGGAGUAGGUCACUAACUAAUACACCUAAGCUUAGCCAUCUCCCUAUACGCCGCAAAAGAAAAAUGACUAAAAGAGUUGGAGUUAAAUACGACAUUUGUAAAACAGCCACAGACAUUAGUGUAAUAGCUAAAAAUGAUACUACAUUUUCUGAGAUUGUCACAAAUGAUUUGAUUGAUUUUGACAAUUGUGAUACUUUUACUGUUUCUAAUAAUGCAACUGAAAUAAAUACCUUUCAACCGAUGAUAGUAAUCACUUGCAUGGCGCCGACAUAA